ACUUUCUCAAAACUAAAAUUUCCACAGAUAUUCGGCCCUUUUCUCAAAAAACACAACUCCGCAAUAACAGUCAAAGCGGGAACAGAGCUUUUGUAUACCGAAACACUAUCUUUUUAAUCAAUGCUAACGGCUUGCAUUAGUGUUUGCAUGAUUAUUUUGCCCGUUGCGUUGAUGAAGGGAUGCCAAGUGUGUGUGAGUAUGGGAAAAAAGGGUAAAAUAGCCCUAUGCUUGUGUAAAACUACAAACAAAUCAAAUCAUAGUGCCAAUCUCCACUCCAACACUUUUUCCCCUACACCGCCUUCCACGCAGAGAACAAGUAUUCGUUUGCAUAAGAUUAAUUGUGUGUGUUCGAUAAAUGAAUUAGCGGCACAAACAAAAAGAGGAACGCGUUCAGGUAACCUAAAGGGCCAAUGUUUACAACAAAGAUUGGACGAUAAUUGCAAUCCUUCCUAUAUCGUAAGCAUUCCAUCCCUAUGAUCGAAUUCGCUUCCGACGAUAAUUGUGAUAGAAGA